UGGCUGUCAGUGUGCGGGAGGGAGUCAGACGGUUCGCGGGUAUAAGACUAAUGUUUCUGCUGCUCCGGGUUUCAGUGGUAACCGCGGUCUCUGGUACGCAGGCAGUGUGAUUCCUCCCCCCGCGCGUGUUGAUCUGCUCUCAGGGACGCGUGUCUCCUCCAGGCCGGUCAGCAGUAAAUAAAGCAUGGCUAGCGGCAGCGGCGGCGAGUGGCUGUCCGGGUUCAGCUCUUUCGCCACGGACGCGAUUCACGUAGGCCAGGAGCCGGAGCAGUGGAACUCCAUGGCCGUGGUUCCUCCCAUUUCACUCUCCACCACCUUUAAACAGUACGGCCCGGGCAAGCACGCGGGAUUUGAGUACAGUCGCAGUGGAAAUCCCACACGCAACUGCCUUGAGAAGGCGGUUGCUUCUUUGGAUGGAGCUAAGCACUGUGUUGCUCUUGCCUCUGGACUUGCUGCUACUGUGACCGUUACGCACAUGCUGAAAUCUGGGGAUGGAAUCGUGUGCAUGAAUGAUGUCUAUGGAGGAACCAAUCGCUAUUUCCAAAGAAUAGCUAAAGAAAUUGGCUAUGAUAUCUCCUUCGCUGAUUGCACAAAGCCUGAAGUCUUAAAGGCAGCUCUUAAGCCUAAUACAAAGAUGUUGUGGAUUGAGACUCCAUCAAACCCAACAAUGAAGGUUGUGGACAUACAAGCAUGUUCAGACCUUGCACAUGAACAAAACAAAGACAUUAUUGUAGUUGUGGACAAUACCUUCAUGUCUGCCUAUUUCCAGCGCCCUCUGGCCCUUGGAGCAGACAUCUGCAUGUAUUCUGCAACAAAGUACAUGAACGGACACAGUGAUGUCGUUAUGGGGCUGAUUUCUGUUAACCGCGAGGACCUCUAUGAACGACUGAAGUUUUUACAGAAUGCUUUGGGAGCUGUUCCGUCCCCAUUUGACUGCUACAUGUGCAAUCGAGGACUGAAGACUCUGCACCUGAGAAUGAAGCAGCACUUCAAGAACGCAAUGGCUGUGGCUGAGUUUUUAGAACGGGACCCCAGGGUGGACAAAGUCAUUUUCCCAGGUCUACCUUCCCACCCUCAGCAUGAGCUAAUGAAGAAACAGUGCACGGGAUGCCCCGGCAUGAUUACCUUCUACAUUAAAGGCAAACUGGAGCAUGCCACAGCUUUCCUCAAUAACCUCAAGUUAUUUGCACUUGCUGAAAGUCUGGGGGGUUAUGAGAGUCUGGCGGAGCAUCCAGCGAUUAUGACUCAUGCUUCAGUGCCAGAAAACGAGCGGGUGGUGCUGGGCAUCAGUGAUACACUCAUUCGUCUCUCUGUGGGACUGGAAGAUGAAGAGGACAUUAUCGCAGACCUGGACCAAGCUCUCGGUGCUGCUCAUCCAAAGAAAUGAACUCAACAGGAUGGGCCAGGAGCUACAACGCCUUCUCUAAUGAGCAGAGGAAAUUUCUUACAAUCGGCACAUGUUUAUUUUAUAGAUAGUAUGUAAUGGUUAUGCUUGAAAUAAUACAUUUUUACAUCAGGGAUCAAAUUAAAACAGAAUUAGUGUGCUUCCAUAGAUCCACAAUUAUUUGUAUCCAUUUUUUCCCCACACCAACCAGGGGACAUCUGAGAUUUAAGGUACAUGCCAUCUUACUUAAUGUUUGCUGCUUUUACAUUUAUCUCUUUGCUGAUUGUGUAGUAAUUGGAUUUGCAGGUGUGAUAGUUGGCUCCUAUAUUGGCGUGGCCUUAAGGGCAUUAGGGAAAUCUAAAAGUGAAUGGUAGAAGGGUGAGAAAAGGGAAUUGUGCUCUGAUGAGUUAAUUUUAUUUCCGUCUUCAUAAACACUGAAUCUGGGACUGUAUCUGCGUGAUUGGAAGUGAUCUUACAUCAUCUGAUACUGUAGAAGUAGUUGCAUUCUCAUUCCGGGAUGACAGUCAAUGCACAAGGAGAGUAUGAUUAUUUUUUUUCCAUUGGAUCAAUGUUCCUGUUUACAUUUCUUCAUCAUCAGGUAUUAGCUAGAUCAGUGUUUCUCUGGGGUGCCGUCUGGCUUCAUCGGGGGUGCCGUCAAAAUAUUGCGCCUCACGUGCAUAUUUCCUUUCCAGAGUCAGCUCGUGUCGGGGUGUGUCCCAAUUCACAGGCAGCAUACUCUGAAGGAUGCGACCCACAGAGGCGGUGUAUUACUGCGCAGCUGUGACGCAAUCUGUCUUCGAAUACAGCCUCUGAAGGAUGCAGCCCCUAAAUUGGGACACACUGUAAAGUUUUUGUCCCCCCACGCGAUGCACGCGCUAUUUUAUUUCAUAUUCCGCCAGCAACACCCCUCGUUCUCACCUGAAGUACUGCGCCAGCACAUCCACCCCCCCCCCCCCCCCCCCCCCUCCGUAAACUAGGGUGCCUUGACAUCUCGCAUAUAUUUAAAGGGUGCCGUGAUAGAAAAAAGGUUGAGAAACGCUGAGCUAGAUGCUCAAGAUUCAUAAGUUUUUCCAAUGGAUACUUUUAAUCUUUUGUCAUCUGUGCUAAUGGACUCAUUAAAAGCCAUUUGUAUUCUG